CACUACUGCAUCCUGCUGACUCUCUCUCUGUCCUUCCUUCUAAUGAUUCUGACAGAUCUGUGCUCGCUUGUGGGAUGUACAGGCUGAUCGAGGGAACUCCCCAGCGAAGAGUAGGGGGAGUAGUACUAUGGGAGGUGACGGAGGAUGGGUUGAACGAACUUUCGACGUGCGAAUCUGCAGGAGUUCUGGAUCUACACUGGGCAAGAAGAGCAGACGGAACGCCGCUCUUGCUCACAGCCAACGCAGAGGGUAACCUCAACCUAUACACCUAUGGCUUGGCCCGCUCCUCUCUCUCCUCGCACUCGAGCAUAUCAUGUUCCUCCACCGCCCUAGCGCUCUCACUCUCCCUGCCUCCUUCCCCCUCUACACCCGCUUUAGGGGAAACGCUCGUUUCCCUCUCCAGCGGUGAAUUGGCUCACUUGAUACCACGGGAAGAGGGGCUAGAACUGGUGGGCGUGUGGAAAGCGCAUGAACACGAGGCCUGGGUCGUUGCAUGGGGUGCGGCGGAGCAAGGAGUGCUCUACUCAGGGAGCGAUGACCUUACGCUCAAAGGAUGGGACUUGAGAGCAGGCACAGAAAGUCCGACGUUUGUCACUCGUCGGUUUGACGCUGGAGUCGUAUCAAUCGUUCCUUCCCCAUGGACACCACACCAGAUUGCUGUCGGGACGUAUGAUUCCCUUGUGAGGAUAUAUGAUACACGCGCCCCUCUCCGCCCUUUAGAGAGUUACAACGUCGCAGGUGGCGCGUGGCGUCUCCAGUUUCACCCUUCAGCAGCCAGGAAAUCCGAUCUUUUAGUAGCGGCGAUGCACGGUGGUGCGGAGAUCGUCCGUCUCUCUCCAGGAGCGGGAGAAGACUCCCAGGAAAGGACGAAGUUUGAGGGACACGAGAGUAUGUGUUACGCGGCUAGAUGGGUGACGACGGAGGGAGCGAGGGAGGAUGUGGUUGCUAGUUGCUCGUUUUAUGAUCACAGGGUGUGUUUGUGGAGAGGUUGAUGUAGGGGAGAUGUUUGAGGUUUAU